AUGUCAAUCAGAUCUUCACACCUAUCCAUAGGGUCCAUCGCUGGACCUAGUCGACCAUCGUUCGCUAUACGUAAAUAUGCGACUCAGCCGAGUGGACAGCAGAAUCAGAAUAUAAGUGAGAUGAUAAAUAGGAAGGCCAUCUCAUCAGCAUGGAGGGCAUUAUCGCCUAAUCAGAAAUUGAUCUUCGGCGGUCUAGUAGCCUUAGGAGCAUAUUUCGAAUAUUCUUUAUUGGAUAGAUACGUAUUGGGACCCAUCAAAUUGCGCAAAGAGGACGAGAGGAGGAUCAAGGCGGAGCAGAAUAUGGGAAUUGGAGGAGGAGAAGGUCAGAAAGAGGUUUUCUUAGGUGAGUGA